AUGGCUGGCAAACUGCCUUCCGUACUCUCGGCUCCAACACGCAACACGAGCUUCUACGCGGAAGGAAUCUUCACGCCAGAGGACGUUUACGAGAGUCAGCUCGUCGGCCUAUACGAAGCACUCAAUGCAGAAUGUACGCUUGAUGAGCAGCUGGCCAACUUUAGGGACAUUAUCAACGCAGCCAUAUUUGACGGGACGCCUACGUCCCUCGGAAUAGCGUACGACUCCCACUCUGGUAAGAUCGAGCCUUUCAUGCAGUUGACAAGGGCUAGGGACUCCAACAUUUCGGUCAUAACAACGCACUCUAUGUCCGCGUUGUGGGACGAGUCUGGGUUGCACUAUGGACACUUGCACCCCACAGCCCAUCUGAUACUGGACCAAGCGGCUGUCGGGAUAGAUGCGCAUUUCAACUAUUCUACUGAUAUCCUCACGCAGGCUCGCAUUUGGCUUCAGCGCGUCUGCUCCAUCUUCUACGCCAUAUCCCUCGAUGACUGGGAGAUUCCGGCGAACAAUCCAAUGCCCGUCAACCAAGCGUUCCAUCUAGCGACGCGUACCGGCGGCCUCGCCCUACGCAGGCCAGAUCUUGGUGUCAUCGAUCAUUGCGCAAAGGCAGACCUUGUUGUGUGGGACAUGACCAGUCCUGGACUCCUCGGGUUGGGUUGCUCCUGUGACGCCGAUUAUAUUGCACGGUAG